AUGGAACGCCCCCGGUGCCGUGUUUUGUUGUUGUUUUCCGCGGCGCACCGUGUUCGGCCUGUCAAACCGACGGACUUUUCGGUGGGAUUACGGGGAUGCUAAUGACUAAAAAGACGAGGAUCACGAUGAAACCUCCGCCACAGAGUCCGUCAGCUCCUGUCAGCAACCUGAUGUUUGAAGGUGUUUACAACAACGCCCGCAUGCUUCACUUUCUCACUGCCGUUGUGGGUUCAACAUGUGACGUUAGGGUGAAAAACGGCAGUGUUUACGAAGGAGUCUUUAAAACUCUGAGCUCCGAGUGUGAGUUGGCUGUGGAUGCUGUUCAUAAACUCAGUGAUGGAGGAGGAGGUGUUGAAGGAGGCGGGUCUCCGUGGCAUCCACAGGUGGAGGACAUCACAGACACCAUGGUCUUCAGUCCGUCGGACCUGGUCACCAUGACCUGCAGAGACGUCGACCUCAGCUUCGCCGUCAGAGACUCGUUCACUGACCCGUCCAUCGGCUCAUCUCGUCUGAACGGAGAUCACAGAGAAAAGGUUCUGCAGAGAUGGGACGGAGACGGAAAUGGGGACAACUAUGAGCUGGAAACGGAGACGUCCAACGGCUGGGACGCCAACGACAUGUUCAAGUUCAACGAGGACACGUACGGCGUCAAGUCCACAUAUGACUCCAGUCUGUCCUCGUACACCAUGCCUCUGGAGAGGGGGAACUCCGAGGUUUUCCGCCAGCGAGAAGCUCGAGCUGUUCGUUUGGCAAACGAGAUCGAGGGCAGCGCCCAGUACCGCCGCCGGGUGUCCCUGGAGAACGACGAGGGACGCAGCGACGAGGACAAGUACAGUGCCGUGGUCCGAGAACGGGACAACAGGGGCGGAGCCAGCACCAGGGAAGGUAAAUACCUCCCUCUGCCUCAAGGACUCGGACAUCUUGAGGGCGGAGCCUGCGGUCAACCCUCGGCCCCUCCCACCUCCUCCCCUAAAGCGUACUCUGAUAGGAGCAGCCCCCUGUCCGUCAGACCUGCAUCCUCCAGUCCUCGCUCUGCCCACGUCCUCCCUCACUCCCUGUCUCAUCCUCAGGCGCUCAACGACUCACACGUCAACGGAGUGUCCUCCAGAACGUCUCCUCAGUCCCACCAUCCCCACGUGAACCGGACCCAGAACCAUCGGACCCUGGUGUCUCACUCGUCUCCUGCAGCGUCUCAUGCCCCAAAACCGGACGUCCCUCCUCACCUGGACUCCUCCCCCUCUGUUACCGCAGCAACCACCACCUCCUCCUCCUCUCUCUCUGGCUCCGCCCCUCUGUUCCCCGUCGACGUGAAUGAAAUUCUGAACUCGGCUUCGAAGGACAGAACGGACUCUGGUUCUGGUCCACAGGAUGGAAAGAACAGCAGAGCGCCGUUGGUCCAACAGAGGUCUCAACUCGAGGAACUUCGCAAGUUUGGCAAAGAGUUCAGACUUCAGUCCAGUCUGUCAUCUGUGGACCUGCCCCUUCCUCCUCCUGACUCCGCCUCUCCUCCUAAACCCUUUGAUCUGCAGCCCAGUGCAGAGAUGGCUCCACCCACCUCCACAUCUGCAGCCGCUGUGACCCCGCCCUCCUCAGGGUUGGGGUCCGAGGUCAGUCAGAGCAGGACUCCUCGGUCCACGCCCCUCAGCUCUGACGAGUCGAGUUCGGAGAUUAACGAGCGAACUGAGGCGGCGGCGGCGACAACGCAGGUGAAGAACUCGACGCUGAAUCCAAAUGCUAAAGAGUUUCAGCCGGUGAAAGGACCCUCCGCUGUGAAGUCCGCCUCGGCUCCACCCCCUCCUCGGCCAACUCCGCCCAGUCCCUCCAUGGUUCUGAACCCUUCUCCUCCUGCAGGACAGCCAGGAGGCGGAGCCAUCUACAGCGGCCCACCCGGACCCUACUUGUCCUACAUGUCCCCCCUCCCUCUCCAGGGACACUCCAUUCAGGGUCAGCUGUACCAGUACGCCAUGUCCUCAGUGACCCAGGGGAAGUACCCCCGCCCCAAAGGUGCGGUGGUCUCCUCCCGUCCUGACCAUGGCUCUUCCUCCUCCUCCUCUUCCAUCAUCUCGGCACCAUCUGCUGGACCUCCUCUGGUGCCUCCUUACGCCCAGUCCUACCUUCAGUAUGGACAGGUGAUCCAGACCGUGGCUCCGCCCUACCACGGACAGGCAGUUUACUCGAUGCUUCACGGUGGGACCAGGUUGCUGACGUCUGGAGCACCGCCCCCUCAGCCCAUGGGUCCUCCUGGUCAGCAGUACCCUGGUCCGACCGAGGGUCCGGGGGGUCCUCAGCAGGGUCUGUACGCCGCUCCGUCGUUUUCCCACCACUCGGGCGCCAUCCACCACCCCCCGCCCUCCCCCACACCCACCGGGACCCAGGCCCCACCCCAGCACCCGGCACCCAGUCCAGGACACAGUCAGUCUCAGACUGGUCAAGCUCCGCCUCCGUCCAUGUUCCACUCCGGAGUGCUGUCCACGCCCACCCCGCCGGGACACGCCUCCACCCAGACCCCCUACCCGGUCCAGGGUUACAGCCUGAACCCACAUCAGACCCUGGCUCAUGGGUUCACUUCAAUCAGCCAGAUCACACAGGCUCAUGUAUCUGCAGGUUAUCUGGACCUCAUCACUCAGCGGGUCAUGGACACCCCCCCGUCAUGCUGCACUACGCCUCCCCCAGCAGACUGGUGGCUCCGCCCCCAGCAGGGGGUGUCCCAGCACUUCUAUCGGACCCCACCAAGCGAUCCAGGUUCAGACUCACCCCUCCCAGACACUGACCUUUCCACCCCUCCCCCAACUGAAGCCUCGCCACAUUCCCACCGAUUGCCCAGCACAGACGGAGACGGUCAAGCUGAAGCUUCAGUCGUGUACGCACAGACUGAGCCCUGACGAUGGUCGCCAUGGAAACCACAGACUGUUUUACAGAAGAUCAUGAAUAAAACUGAACUUUUA